UGUUGAACCGUAAUACAUGUAGUCUACGAAGCGAUCUCUUCAACAAGUUUGGAGGACAUACAAUGAAUUAUUUGGAUGGCAGUUUGACAACGUUUGAAGUAUACAGGUUUGCAGCUCAAGAAUCCAGCAGAAGCAUAGAAUCAAAGUACGGAUGGACUUAACUGUGAAUUAAGAGAAAUCCAUCCCAUCCAACCAUCAAGUAACUGUGAUUUCACACUAAACUAAGAACACUGCACAUUAAGAAACGUUGUUGGCAAGUCAACCGGACUUCAUUGUGAUAAACGUGCAUAAGCAUACAACCAGAGCCAGUGCCUCCUAACAGUGAAGACACCCUACAUAUACAUGGCAAAUUGUAUCAUAGACAACGUAGUAGAUUUCAUGGUUUAACUUUGAACAUACAGUCAAUGAGUCAAGCAGAAAAGAAGGGGGACCUUUCUCAGCGAACGGAUAUAUUCUGAAAGGAGGUUGCAUCGGAGCGUAUACAUGUUUGAACGUCAAUAAAAAGUAACAGUACUUUUUAUUUGGAUCUGACCCAUUGUCAGCAUCUUGCUGAAUAUAAAGUUUUGUACAGUUGUUUAAAAAACUUGAUACUAAAUACAGAAUGCCCUUUUUAGGAAUUAUGAUUAAUUGAUCUUCCUUUGAUGCAUCUUGAUUUCCCAAAUCUGUACAAAACAUUAUUUUAUUCUAGUCUUGGGAAGCAAUCAGUCAAAAUGAAUUUUCCAGUCAUUUUUAUAUUCAUUGCAUUUGCCAUGUGUAACGUGUGUAAAUCUGAAGAUGAAUGGAAGACUGUUAUAGAAGGGGCUAGUGUACAUCUUCAUUAUCCAUAUCCUUGUAACAGUAUUAGAGUCAAACUACAAUAUGGAUACAGAGCCCCUUUUUACACAUUGGCAGAUACAGAAUCUAUCGUCUUACCCCCUGCACAGGUAAACAGAUUCACUUUCAGGAAUAAAAGUGAAUCUGAUCAUUGCUCACUACAGGUUAGUAUUAACCAUGUAAAGAGAAUUGAUGCUGGAACAUACAUCUUCUUCGCCUAUAGUGAGGAUGGUAUAUAUGAAAGUUCAUUUAAAAGAAUUGGAUUGAAUGUUGAUUUUCUGCCCGGCAAGGCGUCUUGUACAAUGGGUAAAGAGAACACGGUUGGUAAUUGGGUAGCACUAGAUUGCAUGGCUCCAGUUGGGACUUUAUCAGGUCAAAUUGAUUGCUUUCAGAGUGGGGAGAAAAUGCCCCCAAUUACAGAACCUACUGAAACCCACACACAUUUGAAGCAAACCAUACUUGUUAAGAAAAAGGACCCAGUGUUUUGUUGUACUUCUACAUCGGAGCACACUAAAGAUUUGUGUGAUUGUAAUGAUUGUCAAUUGGACCUAGCCAAUGACCUAAACCUGAACUCGGUCAUAGAUCCAUGUGGUCUAACGACAUUAUCGCAGGAUCAAACAAAGACCAGUGAUAUUGCUUUCACUCCCUCAAAACCAGUAUCUACAACAGCAACAACUAUCAAGAUCAAUUCGAACAGUUCAGUACCAUGGAAAUAUGUGGUUUAUGGCCUUGGUUCUAUUCUCACAUUAGCUGGUUUCGUCAUUAUUUUGAUUGUUUUAAUGCUCAGAUCAAGAAAAAAAAAGCUAAUUUACCUUAGAGCAAAAUUGUUUGAAACUAAACUCAAUCCACGUGUACACAAAGACACGUACCAGCGUUCAAUUACGAUAUAAACAUAAAAAUGAAUCAGCAACUUCUACGUGAACCCUGUGGUUUCUGUAUUGAGCCUAUAUUAGAAUGAGGAGAUUCAGUAGUCAAUGAGUUAUAAAGAACAGGCGCGCCAGAAGCAGUGUGGGUUAGUUUUGUUGUUGUUGUUGGGGGGGGGGACAAACAU